AUGAAGGAGGAAAUUGCCCUUUCUGGGGCGGCUAAUAUGAAUGCGGGAACAGUAGGGGCCCCCAACAAGGGCCAGCCACGCGCUUUCAUUCUGCCUUCUUGGGGGCCCCCAGAUACGUCUGCAACCGCCGCAGGCACAGCUGUGUCCGCCACUGCGGCAGCAUCCGAACUUUCGCGCAUAAUAGAGAAGUCAGCAGCACUUGUAGUCCCGGAAACAAUCUCGUUAGAUCCUUCUUGGCCCUCGUUGCACGCGCGGUUGCAUGCCCAGUACCUUUUGGGCUUGGGCGCCGAUCCGUUCACUAUCGAGGCUUUCUUCGGCGUUUCGCUCAAAAUGGGCGCUGCAUACUGGGCUUCCAAUGCACUUUGGCUGCUCGGACUUCGCAGCGAAAAGACGAAACGGCUGCUGCAGCAGAAUGCAGCCGCCUGCAGCCACGGCAGCCGUGCUGCCUCAUCACAAGAAAAGACCCACGAACACAGCAACACCGAAACGAAAGACAGCCAGAAUGGAAACCCAGGCGAGGGGAGAUGCAGCGAUGGCAACAGCAGCAACAGCAGCACAAAAGAGGGCGGCGACAGUUCAGAAUGUGCUUCGGUUCCUUCUUUGGAUUAUCUAUUGGAGUCUCGGGAGGACACCGUGUGCGAGUUUGUGUUGAAUUGCUUAUGUUCAUGUGGCGGUUUCAGCUCGGAUUUGCAUCAGGAGGCGAAUAUUACGUCUACGCAUUACGCACUGCUGCUCUUGUCGGGCUUAGGCCGACUCCACUUACUGCCUUCCCCUGCCAAGACUGCUGCCUGGGUGCGAAGUCUGCAGCUCCCGAGUGGCGGCUUCAUGGCGGACGAGUGGGGGGAGGCAGAUAGUCGUUUUGUGUACUGCGGCGUUGCGUGUUUGUGGCUGCUGGGGGAGCUGCGAGCAGCAGAGGCGGGCGCCGCCGUGCGGUUUGUGCAGCAGCUGAUGAAUGAAGAUGGAGGUUUCGGCUGGGUACCAGGAGGGGAGUCGCAUGCAGCAUCCGCUUUCUGCUGCUUAGCGGCACUUGACCUGUGCGGAGGUUUGUGGGUAGUUGACAGACAGCGAACGGCGCAGUGGCUGCUGAACCGCCAAACCCGUGGCGGAGGAUUCAACGGACGGCCGGAGAAGGCUCCCGAUGUUUGUUAUUCAUUUUGGAUAUUUGCAGCUCUGCAGGUGCUGGGCUACGAGAACUGGGUUGACAGCCGUCGCCUCAGCGAAUUCAUCUUGCUCGCCCAAGACCUUACAACUGGGGGCUUCGCUGAUCGCCCAGGAGAUAUCGCUGACGCUUUCCAUACUUUCUUUGCCCUCGCAGCCUUGGGAAUGAUGCAUAUCGCCCAGGAGAUAUCGCUGACGCUUUCCAUACUUUCUUUGCCCUCGCAGCCUUGGGAAUGA